AUGGUUGUUGACUCUAUAUCCCAACCAACCGAAUUAUGGCGACAUCCAAAUCCUACUUCAACUCAGAUGUACAAGUUCCUAGAACAUGUAAGGGGUAAAUAUGACCCCGAAAUCAAAGACUAUCCGACAUUGCACAAGUGGUCCGUCGACAAUAUCACGGAGUUCUGGGAGGAAGUAUGGAACUUCUGUGGCAUAAAAGCAUCUAAGCCUUACUCGCGUGUUUUACCGGACAAUGCGUCUAUGUUUCCUAGACCUGACUUCUUCUCCGGCACACUAUUGAACUUUGCGGAGAACCUCCUAUUCCCGGAGAAUGCGGACGUUGACGAGUCCUCAACUGCAAUUAUAACGGUUACUGAAGUUGAGGAACAGCUUGUUUCGACGACAUGGGCUGAACUACGAGAAGCAGUACGACAAUGUUCCAACGGCUUGAGGGCGGCCGGCUUGAAGCCUAAAAAUGUUGUUGCCGGCUUCGUAUCAAAUCACCACCAAGCUCUCGUAGCAAUGUUAUCCGCAGCCGCCAUCGGAGCCGUGAGCUGGACCGGAAUAAGCCCGGAUAACGGAGUAAGCGCCGUCUUGGAUAGGUUGGUUCAGCUUGAGCCCAAGGUCUUGUUCGCAGAUAACGGAACUGUGUACAAUGGUAAAUCAUGGAUUGGUACGGACAAGAUAUCACAAGUAGUCGAUGAGCUCAAGUCCAAGGGUUUGGAACUUGUCGUCGUCAUAAAUAAUGUCCCAGAUUUCGACUUAGGUCUAGAAGAACUGGACUCGAAAGGAAUAGUAGCUAAGGAAUACGAAAGCUUUCUGAAGAGCGGCGGUAACAAGCCCCUGAAAUUCGAACAACUUCCGCCCUCGCAUCCUCUCUAUGUCUUAUUUUCUAGUGGUACUACGGGCUUGCCAAAAGCCAUAGUUCACUCGGCGUUAGGUACGCUGAUCCAACAUAAGAAGGAGCUGUUCCUCCAUUCCUCGCUCAAUUCGACUUCUCGGUUGUUCUACUAUACCACUACAUCUUGGAUGAUGUGGCAUUGGAGUAUAUCAGCUCUUUCUUGCGGCACAACCCUGAUUCUCUACUCGGGCUCGCCCUUCAAACCGCACGGCUAUCUCUCUUUACCCCGACUUCUUUCUUCUCUACGGGCAACCCACUUCGGUACCUCUGCCGCAUAUCUGACAACACUCGAGACGAACUCGGUUUAUCCAAUUCAAUCACUCGAUCUUUCUUCCCUACAGGCAAUCUACUCAACAGCCGCACCCUUGCCGCCGUCAACAUUCUCCUUCGUUUAUAAGGCAUUCCCCGCUCAUGUCAAUCUAGCAUCUAUCACCGGUGGCACUGAUAUUAUUUCCUGCUUUGGUCUCCCAUGUCCGCUACUUCCAGUCCAUGUGGGCGAAAUUCAAUGUGCCGCGCUUGGUAUGGCCAUUGAUGUAGUAGACUCUAUCAGUGGCACCCCGAUUCCUGACGGAAAUGGAGAGCUAGUGUGCGUAAAGCCGUUUCCCUCUCAACCUCUGACCUUUUGGGGACCUGGAGGCGAUGCCAAGUACCGUGCAAGCUACUUCGAACGCUUCGAUGGCAUAUGGCAUCAUGGUGAUUUCCUGCGCAUGAAUGCCAAAACGGGCGGUAUUAUUAUGUUGGGGCGAAGUGAUGGUGUCCUAAAGCCUGGUGGUGUAAGAUUUGGCAGCGCCGAGAUAUACAACUUGCUGACCAAGUUUUUCGGGAGUGAGAUAGAAGAUGCAGUAUGUGUUGGUCGAAGGCGGGAGACAGACCGCGACGAAACUGUCUGCUUGUUUGUUGGCAUGGCUGGAGGGAACAACUUCACCCCUGAGCUACAGGAACGGAUUAGAGGCGUGAUACGGAAAGAAUUAAGUCCACGACAUGUCCCUGCUGUGAUCGAAGAAUGCGGAGCGGGAGUCCCGAAGACGCUAAACGGGAAGAAAAUCGAAGUUGCAGUCAAACAGAUUCUCUCCGGAAUCGACAUAAAAACAAAUACCAGUGUUGCGAAUCCUGAAUCUUUGGCUUGGUUCCAAGAAUGGGCGUCAGCACACGACUAA